AGUGCGCUGCCUCAUGCGACGCUUGUAAACAUCCGGUUCCGAAGAAAGUAGUGUCUUCUUUUCUUGACAGUCCGCGUUAUUUUAGUUAGUUAUUUAUUUAUCGCGGUUGUUUUGUGUGUCUGCGCUCUCCGGCAGCCAUGUCUCAGGAGGAGGUUUGUUUUCUGAAAGCGAAGCUCAAAGAGCAAGAGAAGGAGAUAGCUGCUCUGAAGAAUAAACUGGCUCAACUCAAGGAAGAGCAGAGUCAUACCUCAGUUCUGGAGCUGCACAAAAAAGUGACGCCUCUAUCCCGGCUGGAAGCCACACAGGCCCUCAGCAAUGACGACAUCAUGCGCUACAGCAGACAACUGCUUCUACCGGAGCUCGGUGUUCAAGGUCAACUCAACUUAUCCAAGACAUCCGUGCUGGUUGUUGGCUGUGGAGGUCUCGGCUGCCCGCUGGCACAGUAUCUCGCUGCAGCGGGCAUUGGACGCCUGGGUCUGCUCGACUAUGACGAGGUGGAGCUCAGUAACCUGCACAGACAGGUGCUGCAUGGCGAGGAGAACAAGGGCUGGGCCAAGGCUCUGUCUGCAGCCACUGCAUUAAGAAGGUUGAACUCCACUGUGGAGUGUAUUCCCUACCACCUGCAGCUGUCGCCAGGAAAUGCCCUGCAGCUCAUUCAACAGUACGACAUUGUGGCCGAUUGUUCCGACAACGUGCCCACUCGCUACCUUGUGAACGACGCCUGCGUCCUCAGUGACAAACCUCUGGUGUCGGCGAGUGCACUUAGGAUGGAGGGUCAGCUGACGGUGUAUAAUUAUCACGGAGGCCCCUGCUAUAGAUGUCUGUACCCAGUGCCGCCACCUCCAGAGACAGUGACCAACUGCUCUGACGGAGGGGUGUUAGGAGUGGUUCCAGGGAUAAUGGGCUGCUUGCAAGCUUUGGAAGUCAUCAAGAUUGCAUCUGGACAAGGAACGUCCUUUGGCCAGCAGCUGCUGAUGUUUGACGCUCAGGACGCCAGAUUUAGGUCCAUCAAGCUGCGGCCCAAGCAGGCAAACUGUGCCGUGUGUGGAGAGAACCCCAGUGUUACUACGCUGGGGGACUACGAGAGGUUUUGUGGCUCUGCUGCCACAGAUAAGUGCCGCAGACUCAACCUCCUCUCCAGGGAUCAGAGGAUCUCAGUGCAGGAUUAUCAAAUUAUACUGGCUAAGAAAGAGCCCCAUCUUUUGCUGGAUGUGCGCCCUCUUGUGGAGGUUGACAUAUGCCACCUGCCCUCCUCUCUCAACAUCCCACUCUCACGUCUGGAGGAGAGAAAGAGCCAAGACAUCCAGUCGUUUCGGGAGACGAUCGCUCGGCUACGACAGCAGAUGCCAGGCAGCCGCCGGCCUCCAGUGUACGUGAUCUGUAAGCUGGGCAAUGACUCUCAGAAGGCGGUGCAGGUUCUGGAGGAGAUGAGCGGAUCCGAGUUGGACGGUAUCACAGUCAAAGACAUCUGCGGAGGACUGAUGGCGUGGGCAAGGCUCAUCGAUCCCAAAUUCCCACAGUAUUAGGUUAGGUUCUGUUCAGCGUCUUUGUUUCGAGUGCAGAGUUCUCGUCUGUACAUUGUACCGCACGCAUUAUAUGUAACAAUAAAGCAGCUUUGAAACA